CCAACACUUUGGUUCUGUGCCAUUUUCUAUGACACCAACAGAAUUAAAAAAACCUUAUAUAAACCCUUCCUUCUUUUUAACUUCCACUUAUCGUUCAUUUUCAUACUCACCUCUCUUCUUCAAUUUUUUAUUCUCUUAAGAAAAAUCAUAAUAUCCAUCGUUGGUUCUUCACAGAAAGAGUUCCUCUUUUCUAGCUGAUAUUUUUUCCCCAAAAAAUCAAUUUAUAACUGAAAUUAUCCGUAAUGUCGUUGCUUGUUUCUUUUUGCCAAGUUAUAGCAUUAUCGAUCUUGUUCUUCUCGGAGGUGUGUCUUGCCGGAAAGAAAAUCCCGGCAAGUUUUGUGUUCGGAGAUUCAUUGGUCGAGGCCGGAAACAACAACUAUUUAGCCACAUUGUCAAAGGCUAAUUAUGAUCCUAAUGGAAUCGAUUUUGGAUCGGCUACGGGAAGAUUCACCAACGGAAGAACAAUCGUCGAUAUCGUAUUUCAGGCAUUAGGCUCCGAGGAAUUAACUCCACCGUACUUAGCACCCACAACAAGAGGAUCCAUCAUUCUCAACGGCGUAAAUUAUGCUUCCGGCGGAAGUGGAAUCCUAAAUUCCACCGGAAAAUUAUUUGGCGACCGGAUAAAUGUGGAUGCACAACUAGACAACUUUGCAACCACAAGACAAGAAAUCAUUUCUUGGGUCGGUGAAUCCGCCGCAGCUAAAUUAUUCCGGUCAGCACUUUUCUCUGUUACAACCGGUUCUAACGACCUAAUAAACAAUUAUUUCACCCCGGUCGUAUCAACCGUUGAACGGAGAGUCGUAUCUCCAGAAGCCUUCGUCGAUACAAUGAUCUCAAGAUUCCGAUCACAACUCACCAGAUUGUACCAAUUGGGUGCGAGGAAAAUCGUGGUGAUCAAUGUAGGUCCCGUUGGUUGCAUACCGUUCGAGAGGGAGUCUGAUCCGACGGCUGGGGAUGAAUGUUCAGUCGAACCAAAUGAGGUUGCACAAAUGUAUAACCUCCAGCUUAAAACCGUCGUAAAGGAUUUAAAUGCUAAUCUUGAAGGUGCAAGAUUCGUCUACGCUGACGUUUUUCGCAUUGUUUAUGAUAUUAUCCAAAACUAUUCAUCUUACGGUUUUGAGAGUGAGAAGAUUCCGUGUUGUUCGUUAGUUGGGAAAGUAGGUGGGCUGAUUCCGUGUGGCCCAUCUUCCAAAGUAUGUAUGGACCGUUCCAAAUACGUAUUUUGGGAUCCUUACCAUCCUACGGAAGCUGCUAACGUCAUCAUCGCCCGGCGUCUUCUCUCCGGCGAUACCUCCGACAUUUUUCCGAUCAAUAUCCGGCAACUCGCUAAUCUCAAGCUAAAAAUGUGAACCAUGGCAGAAAAAAAUAACCAUUUACUUCGAGUUGGGCCGGUUGGCUAUAGGCUUUAAUGUUUGUGUAAUCUUUUAAAGAAUUUAGAAAAGUUUAGUGUAGCUGGUUUUCUUUACAAUGUUACGACAUUCGAUUUUCUUAGCAUUUUAUAUGGUUGUAGAC